UCGGUGUUCUUUUUUUUUUUUUUUCUUUUAACCGUCAAUGCAGUCUCUCCGUCGCCCAAAUUCUCAAACAUUCAAACAGAUCAAAGCAAAACGAUGGCGGCGCCGCCUCAUGGUCCUUACACCGCCACGAACCUCUCCUUUCCGUAAUUUCUUUUCACUCUUUUGUUUCGGUACCGUGUUAAACGUUCCAUUUUUUUGAUUUUUUUUAUCUGCAUGUGAUUUUGAAAAUCCGUCGAACACCUAAAGUGCACCAAAAUUUUUUUUUUUUUCAAAAUUUUCCGGUAUGAAUUCAACCAUGGAAGAACCAGAAACAAGCUUAGUUGAAGAAAGGGAAGAGCUCAUGGUUUCACCCGAUAGCGAAAACGAAAACAAAAACCCUUGUUUAAGAACAGCUCAUUUCCUCAAACCUAUUUCAAGUUCCCUUGAAACCCCACUUCCUAAGCUUCCUUCACAACGUUUUUCUUCAAUUGAACCUAAAGAUCUGCCUUUAAGUAUCAGUUUCCAUGGGUGGAGAUGCAGGGCAAGUAAUUGGUCGGCAUGGGUUGAAAAGAUGGUUGUUUUACAUGAAUCAACUUGGAAGGAAGCUGGUAUCUAUGAAGCCAUCGUGAAUUCAACUUAUCAGAUUAAGAGAAACAGUGAUUUAGUUCUUGGUUUAGCUGAGAAAUGGUGUUGUGGGACUAAAAGUUUCUUGUUUUCUUGGGGAGAAGCUAGUGUUACACUUGAAGAUAUGAUGAUCCUUGGGGGGUUUUCUGUUCUGGGUUCCCCUGUUUUCACCCCACUCGAAGCUGAAGAAUCGAAGGAAGCCGAAGAGAAUUUAAAGAGUGCAAGGAUCGAAAUCGUGAGAAGCAAAGCUAAAAAGGCUUGCCCUCGUUUAUGGAUGCAGAGAUUCAUGGACAGUGGCAAUGAAAUCGAGCAUGAAGCGUUUCUUUCCUUUUGGCUUUCGAGGUAUGUUUUCACUAAUGCACACGAAACGAUUAGGGAACAUGUUUUUCCCAUUGCAGUUCAUUUAGCUAGAGGGACAAGGCUUGCGUUAGCACCUGCUGUACUUGCUAGUAUUUAUAGAGAUUUGUGUUUGUUGAAAGAUGCAAUUACCGCUUCAACUAAAAUGGGGAAAGAAGAGGUGUUUAAGCUUACCCUUUGGUCACCAUUUCAAUUAGUUCAGGUUUGGGCUUGGGAGAGAUUUGCCGAGUUAAGACCCAAACCGAAUCCGAUAGUGAAAGGUGAGCAAAGGUUGGUUCAAUGGCACGAUGUGAGUUGCAAGGUUGAGAAUGUGAGGUUAGCUCUAGAGUUAGCUAAUGGAAGUUUUGAAUGGCGGCCUUAUACGAUGCAGAUUGAUAACUGGAAACAACCUAAGUUUUAUAGGGAGAAGGAAUUUUGUAUAUGGACUACUGCACGUCUCGAUAAAGAGCUAGAGUCCUUUGUUCGUUGUUUGAAGGUCUGUGAGCUAGUGGGGCUUGAUUGCAUAGAACAAUACUUUCCCCAUCGAGUUGCGAGGCAAUUUGGAAUAGAUCAAGAUAUUCCCAGUUGUGUUCCUCAAUCAAAAGAUCAGACUCCUGAGCUUGCCUGGCUCAAUUACUGUGAAUCACUCACUGGUGUAAAAUUAUACAUUCCUUCUUGGCUAUAUAAAGCUGGUGUUACGGCACGGUACUUGAAAUGGUGGAACAAGUCGGUAUUGGAGAGCAAAGGAGCAGCUAAGGGGUUGAAGAAAUCAGCAAAGAAGCCUAAAGGAAAGAAACAAGAGAAAAGUUCUUCUGGUUGCCUUGGCUUUCAUCAGACAAUAGAGAGUUUCCCUGGAAAGGCUGAAGCUAAUGAUCCGUCGGUUUCUCCUAAUUGCUCCACGAAGAGCUUGAAGAAACAAGGAGACAAUAUCAACAAGACUACUAAUGCUAGUGGUUCCUUCUCUCGUUUUCCUCUUAGGAAAUCAAAGAGUGUAUCCCAGAUUUUAGAAGAAAAGCAAGUGAGCAACAAUGAUUCUAUGUCCAGCUCUUGCAGAAGGACCUCUAUGAAAUCAGCCAAGAAUCUGAAAAGAAAGAAAGAAGUCAAGGAGAAAUCUACUUCUCCCAAUGUUCCUUUGGGAAGUUCCAAAGAAUCAGUACAAACUUUGAAAAGAAAGGACAAAGAUGAGAAAGAUUCUGCUUCUCCCGGUUUCAUUAAGAAAUGCAUGAAAAAAUCCGCAGUGAGAUCUAAAGGAAUGAAGGAAGAUACUCCUUUGUCUGCCUCUUCUAGAUUUGCUUCAGGAAGCUCCAAAAAACCAGCAUCGGUUGUGAAAGACAAGGAGGAAGGUAGCAGCGAUUCUGCCCAUCAGGUUUUACCUUUAGCGAAUGCAAAAAAAUUACCCAGCACUGUUGAAAGGAAGAAGGGACCCAGUGCCGAUGAUCCUAUUUGUUCCGUGCGGAAGUUUGAUGGAAAGGAAGCAGAGGAUUGUCUUGAGGAUAAUAAUCCAACUAUAGCAGAAAUGAUGAGAUCUUGCAAGAAGCGUCGUAAGGUCAAAACUAAAGAUUCUGAUGAUGAUGGAAACCCAUCAGGCCAUUCUCAAGGUCUUUCAUCAACAAUUGCAGAUGACGAGGUUGUUAAAUAUUUGGAGCCAUUAGCAAUAUUGGCCGAAAAGGUUAUCGAGGAUGAAUCUGUGCUAAGAAUAGGGGAAACUUUUGAAGGUCCCUACAAGGAUCAGAGAGAACCAAAGAUAGUGCAGGAGGAAAUUGUGAUGGGAGAAUCAGAACAAACAGUUAAAGAUGCAGAGGAUGGCCUGCCAAAACAACCAGUUCCCGAAAUGCUAAGCAUCAAUGGUGUUGAAGGAGAGUGCAGUUGCUAUGCAGUUGACAUACCGGGAUUAACACUUGAAGCUCGGAUUAGCAGGCUUGAGAAACUGGUUGAAGAGCUAAAAGCAAUGAGAUCUGCUUGCAAGUAGUCCAUAGCUAUUAGCAUCAAGAUGAGUUUGCGCAGCUACAGCAGAUUGAAAAAUUGUCGGCAUGAGCAUUAACCACAGUCUUCUUGGAUGCAGCAUCUUCUUCCCUCAGGUUGCUUUGCCUUUUUAUUUUUCGUUUAUCUUUUCCGGCUCUUUCUUUUUAACCCUACUUAUGUAUCAUUAGAGGUUCAUUGUGUUCUUAGUUUAUGUCUGUGGAGUAUAAAUAUUCGUCUUCGAACAAGCUGUUUCCUUGGGAUGCAUUACCUUCUUCCGUUGGGUUGUAUUGCUUUUUUAUUAUCUUUUUCAUUUAUAGCUCAAUUUUUGGUUUUGAACCCUACUUACGGGGUUAUUAGAGUUCGGUUGAUGGUCUUCUUAGUUUAUGGUUUAAAGCAGACAAACUUGUAAAGCUCAAACUCCUGGAUGUAUACUUGUACCAUUAUCUUUCUAAGCUAUAUGAAUUCUUUUAUAGGGAA